AUGAUGAGUCAGUUUGAAGCCUUGAUGGAGGAGCAGGAGCGGGAUGACCACUCGCUGAAGGAACUCUCCCGGUAUCUCUGCCAAACAUCUUCGGAUCUUUGCCCUCGCGGCGAUGACGCAAAUGGUGUCGAGCUGGAAACAGUCGUGAGCUGGGCAGGUAUUCCGCUUUCGUGGUUCUUGCAAGUGUUCAUUCCACUUCCGGAGAUCAGCUGCAUGAUGGAUUUUGGAUGCCCCAUGUGGUUUGUCCGAGACUACGGCAUACCCACGCUGCUUGGAAAAAGGGGUAUCCACACGGGAGCCCUGGCCGAUCACUUGGAUGUAUUUGGUGCCUCUGCCAAACAAGAAAAAGCCACGCUCUUUUGCUCCUACACCGGAGCGCAUACAUUGUCACGCUUUGUGCAAGUCAUGAAGCGUCUUCACGAGAAGCAAGAAGAGGCAGUGGUUUGGAUUGAUGUCUUCUCAGUCGACCAAGUAGCUUGGAGGAACCUGUGCGAUCGCGGGGAAGCAACCCGUGCCUUGAGAAAGCUGUUGAUGGACGAAUUGCCCAUCCGGAUAGGAACACUCAAACAAACCGUUCUCUGUUUGGAUCAAUGGGAAGAUCCCAUGCAUGCCCUGGGGAAAAUUUGGGUUCUGUGGGAAGUAUACUUGACGGUCAUCGAGGGAGGCAGUCUGGAGGUGAUUUUUCCAGGUCAAGAAGAUGAAGGUUUCUUGGACAGCUUUCAAUCCAAAUGUGACGAAAUAUUGUAUCAGCUUUCAAGGAUCGAUGUCGCAAAAGCCAAGGCAUCCAAGGAAGCAGAUCGCAUUGCAAUCUUAGACCGCAUGAAUCAAUCCAAUGGAGUCCACCAAGUCAACAAGACAAUCAUCAGAUUGAUGAAACACUGGAUUUUACAACUUGCAGGUGAUCUCUAUGAAUCACAUACCGUUAGCGGCAAGCAUACGCAUUCUUCACUUUUACUGGGCAACAACAUGGCCUUUUUGCACAAGCAUAUGGGAAACACCUCAGCGGCCACAUCAAUCUACGAACAAACGCUGAUAGGCAUGCGUCAACAUCUAGGCGAAAACCACCCCCACACACUCACCUGCAUGCACAACCUUGCGAUCUCAAUUUUGGAUCUCGACAUGUCGCAGAAGGCACUUGAUGGUCGCCGCAAAGUCUUGGGACCAGAUCACGAGCAUACUCUGAGUUCAAUGAGUGGCGUGGCAGUGUGCUUGAGAGUUGAUGGCAAGCUCAAAGAAGCAAUUCAGCAUCAAAGACAUGUGGUGUCGGUGGGAAAGAAAGUGCUCGGUUUGGGGCAUCCCUACAUAAUAGAUUGGAUGUCACUUCUUGCCUCUUUGCUUGAAUAUAAUGGAGAACUUGCCGAGGCGGAGGUGCUUCAUCGAGGAGUGCUAGAGCACGGAUCACGGCUGUUUCUUGAGCGCACUUCUCCUGUGAUCGAAACAAAGACCUGUUUGGGGCGCAAUCUUGCCACUCAAGGAAGAUACGCAGAGGCAGCGGCCCUUCAACGCGAGGUUGUUCAGAUAUCCCUUGAGUUGCAACCCAAAGAGUCGACGACUUUCAUGUCCAUGAGUCUUCUGGCAGUGAGCCUUGCAUCUCUUGGUGAAACAUCUGAAGCUGCAAAACUUCACCAAGAUUCUGCAAAACUUCAGCAAGAAGCAGUGGAAGGGUUGCUUCGAACAGAGGGAAGCGACCACCCAAGGACCAUGAAAACACUGAGCGAUGCUGCAGAGUUUUUUAGGGUCCAGGGGCGUCUUGUGGUUGCCAAAUCCUACUAUUUGCUGCUUUCAGCAAGCCUAGAGCGAUGUUGCGACGACCCUCCAGCUGAAUUCCCAGGUUCUAUGCCAAUAAUUAUGUGUAAUUGCGGCCGGCUUCUUCACCAACUGGGUAGCCUGGAAGAUGCUGAGGCGUACUACGAGAAAGCAUUGCACGGGUCAAGUGAAUCCGAUCCAUCGUGA